CUUCUGACACUCAGAGACCAUAAAGAACGGUCUGGUCUCUUUCAGGCCCUCCUUCUCCUCUGCUGGCGAUCAGCAUCUCCCGGCAUACUCCAUCUUUCAACUUUAUACAGAAAUUUCAACUCUCACACUGAUCUACCUAUAUUCGAGAUUCAAGCUUCGAGCCUCUAGCUAGGGCCUGGUGAGAGAGAGUUGAGCCUCACACAUCUCACCUCACCGAUCGACUUCUUUCACCCCUCUCACGCCUUCCCUUCAAGUCGCAUCCUCGCCCCCGCGCGUGAGGCAACAAUACCGCAAUCAUGUCGCACCUUCAGAACCAGCUCAAGAACUUCAGCGCCGGCGUUGUCGAUUAUGCCAAGAGCAUGCCGCAGCAGAGACGAUUCGUCCACAACAACAACCCCUCGGCCAGCAGUUCACAAGUGCCUUCGUCAGUCUCCACUCCCACGCCCGGCGGCGGCGAUCCCCGACGAAAGCGACACGAUGCGGACAUCGUAUACUCGCAGCCCGCCAACACCGGCACGGGCAAGGAUAUCAUGACGCAGGUGAUCUUCGCGAUCGAGCACAUGAAAUCCAAGGGCGUGCCACUUAAGUUCGCCGACAUCGUCUCGUACCUGUCGCUGCAACACCGCGCCCACGACCAGGGCUACGUGCAGGCUCUGCGCAGCAUCCUGCAGAGACACGAGAAGGUGCAAUUCGACCCGAGCGGCGCGAAUGGGGAAGGCACGUUUGCGUUCCGGCCGCCGCACAACAUCCGCUCGGCGGAGCAGUUGCUGCAGAAACUGCAGGCUCAGACGACCGGGGCGGGGAUGAGUGUUCGGGAACUGCGCGAGGGGUGGCCCGCCGUGGAGGACACGAUCAAUAAGCUGGAGAAGGAAGGGAAGCUGCUGGUGACGCGGAACAAGAAGGACGACCAUGCCAAGAUGGUCUGGGCCAAUGAUCCGUCGCUGAUCCAGCAUUUCGACGACGAGUUCAAGGCGAUCUGGGAGAAGAUUCGGAUUCCCGAUGCGCAGACCGUCAAGGAGGAGCUGGAGAAGGCCGGGAUCGUUCCCACCAACAAAAACAAGGUCGUCAAGGCGCGGCCCAAGAUUGAGAACAAGAAGGUCAAGAAGCCACGCCGCAGUGGUAAGACAACUAACACUCAUAUGAUGGGCAUUCUGAGGGAUUAUUCCCAUCUCAAGCGAUGAAUCUAUUCUGCGGGGCCAGCUUAUGCUCGACACUGUCAACUGGCUCUUUUUUUGGACGUUUUAUACUCUGCCCGUUCUAUCAUAUUGCAUAAUGGCGUUCACGGGGGAGACCUAUACACCGGGGUUAAUGCUCUGGCAAAUCGACUUUUAUCUUUAGACUUUUGCGAUCAUGCCCAUCAUGUUUUGUUCCUGCCUUUUUGUUGUCGCAUAUGUACCAUAUACUGAAAAAUAGAUACCCAAGACAAUUCAAUUAUUCUUUCAUAUGAGACU